ACACGGACGGACCAAUCAAAACCCACAUCCUGGCUCUCUUGCUGGGACACAGAGCUAAGGCACCAAGGCUAAGCUGAGGACAUUUGAAGCCGGCAAUGUCCCCCAAAAGAUAUAAACGCACAUUCACCAGUACUAGAAGAGAUCGAAAUGAUGAAAAUGAUUCUCCAAAAGCAAAGAGGACAGCAGAUAGUGGAGAGGCAGAGACCCCCAGAGCAGAAGCAAGAGGGACAGUAGGCGAGACACCCAGGGCCAGACCAGGCCAGACCCCCAGGGCCAGACCAGGCGAGAUCCCCAGGGCCAGACCAGGCGAGAUCCCCAGGGCCAGACCAGCCGAGACACCCAGGGCCAGACCAGCUGAGACAUUCAGGGCCAUUGCAGCAGACGCACCCAGGGCAAGAUCAGCCGAGACACCCAGGGCCAGACCAGCUGAGGCACUCAGGGCCAGACCAGCUGAGACACCCAGGGCCAGUCCAGCCGAGACACCCAGGGCCAUUGCAGAAGACACACCCAGGGCCAGACCAGCUGAGACACCCAGGGACAUUGCAGCAGAGACACCCAGGGACAUUGCAGCAGAGACACCAGCAGUUGAGAUACAGCAGAGAUCAGAGCAAGGGAAGAGUCGGAAAAGGGUCUGCACUCCAUCAUCAUGGAAGUCAGUAUGCAGAAAGAGGCUUUAUCAAGAGGGUAAAGAACACAUGAACACGUCUAAAGAGACAGUGCCAGCCAAACAAAUAAAAACAUUGGCCAAAAUUACAUUCACUCAAAAUCUGUUCAGUGUACAGUACAGUACCUCUCAUGCUCAGCUUCCCAUACAGGUAGAUAUUAGGGGCUCUAACACCAAAACCAGGUCUAACAUACCAACAGCGCUCUUGCUGCCCGAGCCAAAGUAUCUAACCAACAAAAACACAAUUGCAGAGGCAAAGAAGACUGACCUUUUAUCUAUGUUCAAGUACAUGCCUGCUGUUGACAAAGCCUACUACAGCGCAGUAUUUAGAAAGUGAAAUCUGAAGUACAACAUCCAUACAAAAACAGACAUACAGAAUAAUAAAUAGUAAAACUGUCUCAUAGUUUAACCCUAGCGUGUAAAAUAAAUGAACAAUGUGUUUUUAAAAAGUGUUUAGUGAUGUUUAGUAACAGUGUGUGUGUGUGUGUGUGUGUGUGUGUGUGUGUGUGUGUGUGUGUGUGUGUGUGUGUGUGUGUGUGUUGGUAUGGAUAGAGAGUGAUAUCUGAAGUUCAUCUAUACAUGAAGUAAAUCAUACAUAACAAAAUAGACAUACAGAAUAAUAAAUAAUAAAAGUGUCUCAUAGUUUAACACUAUCUUAAAUAAACAAUGUGUUUUUAAAAAGUGUUAAGCUUAAAUGAUGUUUAGUAACAGUGUAGGGGGGGGUAUAUGGCUGGAGAGAAGGGGAUAUAAAGGGUGAAAUUAAAUAAAUGAACUC